GCUUUGAGUGUGAAAUUCAUUUCCGCAGACACUCCUUUACAUGGAGCCAAGAAACUACUCAAGGCUUCCGAUGUUUCUCCUCCUGGGACUUUCUGAGAAGCCAGAGAUCCAGUUUGUUCUCUCUGGGCUGUUCUUGUCUUUGUACCUGGUCACGGCCUUGGGGAACCUGCUCAUCAUCUUGGCCAUCAUCUCAGACUCCCACCUCCACACGCCCAUGUACUUCUUCCUUUCCAACCUGUCCUUUUCAGACAUCUGCUUCACCUCCACCACCGUCCCAAAGAUGCUGUGGAACAUCCAGACGCAGAGCAGAGUCAUCACCUACACAGGCUGCGUCACGCAGAUGUAUUUUUUCACAGUUUUUGGGCUUUUGGACAAUUUACUCCUGACUGCAAUGGCCUAUGAUCGCUUUGUGGCUGUCUGUCAUCCCCUGCACUACACAGUCAUCAUGAACCCUCGGCUCUGCACCCAGUUGCUCGCCCUGACCUGGCUCAUCAGCGUUCUGGGGGCCCUUCCCGAGAGCCUAACCAUGCUGCGGCUCUCCUUCUGCACAGUGAUCGAAAUCCCACACUAUUUCUGUGAACUCCCUGAGAUCCUGCAGCUCGCCUGCUCCGAUACCUUCAUCAACAAUGUCGUGUUAUAUAUUGUGACCGGCAUGAUGGGCUUCUUUCCUCUCGCGGGGAUCCUUUUCUCUUAUUCUCGAAUUGUCUCUUCUGUGCUGAGGAUCUCCACAGCGGGAGGAAAGUAUAAAGCAUUCUCCACUUGUGGGUCCCACCUCUCAGUGGUGUCCUUGUUCUAUGGGACCUGCCUGGGGGUCUACCUCAGUUCCACCUGGACACACGGCUCCCAGACGGGGAUGUUCGCAUCGGUCCUGUACACCGUGGUCACUCCCAUGAUGAACCCCUUCAUCUACAGCCUGAGGAACAAGGACAUGAAGCGGGCCCUGAGAAAGCUCCUCUGUAGCAUGUUGUCCUCCCAGUGA